UAUGUUAUUUUCUUAUUGUGAAAUAGAAAGUACAGUUUAAUUAAACAAAUAAGUAAAUCUUGAUGACAGGGAUUAUGGAUUUCAAAGAAAGUACAGGGGCUUCACAGGCAUGGUGCUUGGAAAGUGGAACCUGUUUCAAAGUAGACUUUUUUGACGAGGAAGAGAGAAAAAUUCAUUUCAAAUGGCAAGAAGAGGACGAGGAAGAAAGUUCUGAUAUACAAUUUAGCAUAACAGUCCCAAUAAAAGACGACCCAAGCAGUAAAUGGAUGUUUUGGUCAGAAAAUGAAGAUGUAUUAAACAAAAUAAUGGAAAUGCAUGACUACACAGAUGCAUGUAAAGACAAAUCUAUUUUACAGAUUCUUUCCAAAAUAGAUUGCUUGUUAAAACCAUUAACUGAUCCUGACAAUGAAUCUGAUGCUGAUGAGAUAGAAGAUGACUAUUAUGGUGAUGAGGAUAUUGAUGCUUCCAUGCCAGAGGCUGAUCAAGAUAUGGCAAGAGGUGCUGAAGGGGCAGAUAGUGGAGAAGAUGAUGACAUUGGAGCUAAUUUCUUUGGUGAUGUUGGUUCAAAAGCUGCUGUUGCAAGACUCAUGUCAGAUUUGAAAACUAUGAAGAAAGAAUCAUGUAAAUUUGGACUUGAUGGCAGUCCAAGGGGAGAUAAUUUAUUUAUAUGGGAUAUUAAAUUGAAAGAUUUUCCAGUAGACUCGAAACUUGGUAAAAACCUUAAAGAAUAUUCUGAAAAAUUUAAAAGAGAACCAGUAAUACAGUUAGAGAUGCAGUUUCCACAUGAUUAUCCAAUGACACCACCAUUUGUCAGAGUAGUUAGACCCAGAUUUAAAUUUCUCACAGGUCACAUAACAAUUGGUGGCAGUAUUUGUAUGGAAAUGCUAACAAAAUCAGGUUGGCGACCAAUUAAUGAUAUUGAGAUGAUUUUAGUUCAAAUUCGAUCAGAGAUAAUGUCUGAUAAGCAGGCUUCACUUGAUAUGAACGAUGCCGAUAGACCAUAUGGGGAACAGGAAGCAAGAGACGCAUUUAAUAGAAUGGUCAAACGAUAUGGCUGGAAUUCAUAAAAGGAGAAAAUGUUUGUAUGUGUAUGUUACAUAAGAGAAGAUGUGUGAUUCAGAGUUUGACUGUUAGUUGAAAUGACAACUGUUUUUUCUUACAGAAGAAAAUCUUGAUAUGGGAAGGCUAAAUUGGGAAUAAAAUGAGCGAGAGAAUGUUUUGAAUGCAUAAUUAGUAUUAUCAUCAAUCAUCGAAAGUUGUUAGAAUUCAUACUGUAUGGUCCAGCACAAUUGAUUCAACUUUGUGUAUUUUUACUGAAACCUAAUUUAAUGAAGCAGAGAAAGUUGUGAAUGCAUAAUUAGUUUUAUCAUCAAUCGUGGACAUUUUAGAUGUUAGAUUUCAUAUUGUAUGAUCCAGCACAUUCUUCAUUUGAUGAAAUGUAGUGUAUUUUACUGAAAUCCUUAUUUAAUGAAGCAGAGAGAUUUAUGAGUGAUAAUUUUAUGCAUUUGUUCACAUGCUCUUUGUAUCAGCGAAUCAGUUUCUGUAUUGCAACAACUACUCAAGAAGAUCUAGUAUCUUUUUGUAUAUUAAUGGUUAUUUUAUUUCUGUAAUUUGCUUUUUUAAUUUCAAUGUACACCUAUGCAAAAUAUGGCAGACGAUAUUUAUGUUUUGCCAUAUCACACAAAUAAGGGGUAAUAACAGUUUGAAUUAGUGAACUCUACUCAUUUUGUUUUUAUAUUUACUCAAAUAUAGUUUAGUUUAAACAUAUUUAUUUAUAGUGAAUUGUAAAACAAGUUUUGCAACUUAUAUUAAUCCCUUUCCACUUUGAGGGUGCGAGUGCUGCCUUGUAGCGGCAUAAGCCUGCUCUUUUUCGAAAUCUACAAGGGUGUCUUUAAUAAGUAUAAUAUUUUAAUCAUUGUAGAUGAAUUUAGUUCCUUUUUGUGGUAAUUUUUCUAUUAAAUUUUCUCUUAUUACUUGUAAUACUUACUUUGAUUUGAAGUGACCAAUGAGUUUAAAAUAUAUUAGUUUAUUUGUUAAAUUUUGAUUUGAUGAAAAAACUUUUCAUUGUCAUGAUUGUUGUAAAAUUUUAGUUUAGUUUAUUCAAAUUAUAAAACAUGUUUUAGUUCAUGUAACUUAUAUCUAAAUGGUUGUUAAUCAAUCUUUGGUUGCAUUUUCAUUAGAAGAAAAAAUGUUUAUGUGCUUUUAGUUUUAUGAAUUAAUGAUUUUAGAUAAAUGAGUUAUGAUGUUGAAUUUAAUUUUUUAUUUCAAAAAUAUAAUUAAAAGAACACUCUAUAAAUGACCACUGUUUUUGGUAGGUUGUAUUCCUAUAUCCUCUGUAUGCAAUUUGUUUUAUUUGUUUGCUGGAAAUAUACCGUUAUUUAAAGUGAAAACAAUUUUAACAAACAACUUGUUUUUAUGUAUUUGUUGAUUUACAUUAUAAAGGUUUACAGAGAAUUUUUUACAUUUUAGAAUAAACAAACAUGACAAAAGAAGUUUUUAUGUAUAUAAUUUUUGAAUUUUUGUUAACCUACUGAUUUUUCAAACUAGAGAAUAACAUUACAGAUAUGACUUUGUUUAUCUUUAGAGAGUUUGGUGUGUAUAACAGAUUUGAACUAGUCUUCAUUUAGUAUAUCAGUGAUUUUGUCAGCGCUUAUUAUAAAUCAACCAUUUUCAAAUAACGAAACUAUUUCUUGAUCAAUUUUGUCCCUUAGUAGAUACUGUUGCUUCAUUUAUUUUCAUGGGUACUAAUGUUUGUGGAGAGCUUACAUGUUCAUGGAUAUUUAAUUUUUGUGGAUUUGCCAAGGUCAGCAAACAAGCUUAUAGAAAAAUUUGUUACUUGGAUCUUGGAAAUCUACGAAAAAGGUGAAACCAAUGAAUAAUAAUGAAUCCACAGUAUAUAAAAGCAAAAAAAAACCCCAAAAAACAACACAUUUGUAUUCAAAGAAAUUUUUUCUAGAAUUUUGAUAAUUUAGAAAAUAAUAUGUCUUGUAUACUCUUCUCUAUUGUUGAAAACCAUAUGUUGAUGGUUGACCUCUAGGUGGUUUUUUUUCUUCUGUUGUUCGGUUGCUGUUUAAUUGACAUAUUUUUCAUAUCUCUAGAUCCCUGCAAUGUAAUUCACUUAUUGAAGUGAACAAUAACAAUUUUACGGGUUGAAAUGUAUAAAUAAAAGUGAAUAAUGAGACUUGAUGGCUGUCAGACAUUUUCGAUUGCACAUUUGAUUGAAGAUAGUCAGGAUAUAUUUGUUAACCAAUCAAUAGUGUUAUGACUGCAUUCAAUGAAAGUAUAUUUAUGUCUUGAAGAUAAUUUAAAAUUCAUUUAUAAUGUUUCUAAAUAUAUAACACAAUUAUCAUGAUUAUAAAAUUUGUACAGUAUUUUCUAAAUUUGUGAGCUUAUCAUAAAUCUGAUCGGUCAUAUAAAAACUAUAUCUUAAAGUAACUACUUUAUUUGUUUGAAGCAUCUGUUAUUAUAGAAGAUAUGGAAUUGUAUUAAGUUUCAGGCUGAUAUGGGGGGUGUCAGGAUGAUACCCAGGCCGAUAUGGAAAAGUCCAUGCAUUAAUCUCUUUGUAUUAUAUUAUUUUUUAUUGUUCUGCUAUCAGUCAUUUGUCAGUGGUUUAUCUCUGUCCAUGUUUCCAUCCUUUGAAAUUUUUGUAACAUUUUGCUCAUGAAUUAUUAUUCAGAGCAUUCUCAAAUUUGGUAUCAAGUUUAAUAUAUCACCAUUUUGAGUUGUCACAUGUUUGCUAUUUGAAUGAUGAUUUAUAUCAUACAUUUCAAACCAUUCUGAUAAAUUAAAUUCUGUAAUUUAACAGAAACAAAGAUUUCCACCCCUUCUGUUUGAGAAUGUAUUAUUUUGCACAUCUGAGAGGUAUGUAACUCCAACAUCUCUGCCAUUCCAAAACUAUCAGCUCUCAGCAUUCCUAGUAAGGAUCAGUGUAAAAUAGUUCUCUGACUGCAGAAAACUGUAUAAUCUUAAUUCUUCUUUUUUAUCAUUUAAUAUAUGUAAUACUAUGAUCUCAUUUGAUAUUGUAAGAUAAAUAAUAACUGUAAAUAAUUGAAAUGUGUACUUUUGAGAAUUGCAGUUGUAAAAAUGUAGUGUUAAAGGUCAUAUAAACAAAGCAAUGUCUUUCUAGGAUUAUUUUUGGUAGACUUGACAUACUGUUAUCAACAUAUUUUCAUAGAUACUUUUUAUACGUCAGUCAAAAUCUGUCUGUGUGUCCAGCGUAAACAUGUUGCACUGUAACUUUAGAACAACUUAUCCAAAUUUCAUGAAACUUAAGAUAGUUGUUUCUAAUGAUGAUGUAUACUUUAUUGUGAAAAGUAGAUUAAAACUUUUUGAGUUACGGGACUUUGUAACUAAAACAUGGGUGGUUUUUUUCUUCACAUGUCCCACCAUAUCUCAAAAACUUUUUAUAAUUAUUGCUCCAAACUUUACUCACUUCUUACUUAUAAUAAUCUAAAGAUCUGUACACAUUUUGGUGAUGAUUUAAACUCAAAUAUUCAUUUCAGAGUUACUGGUUUUUUGGUAAAAAAAAAAG